GUAGUCGAGUCUAAAUUGCCUUUAGAAGUCUCAUGUAUCUUUGAUAGAUUCAAAUUUCCAUUGAUUGAUCAAAGAAAAAAUGAAAUUCUAUUUAGCAGGCAUUGUAUUGUUCAUUAUUUUCUACGCAGGAGUUGUCAGAACUUACGUUUUAGGCGCACAGGACGAAAUUUGCGCCAUAGAAAAUCAACAAAUACCGCACGAAUCCGAAUGCAACUUGUAUUACCGUUGCGUUUACGGUAAAAAAAUCCCGAAAAUAUGCCCGGACGGCGCUUUAUUUAAUCCUCUAAUCGCCAAUUGCGACGACGCGUACAACGUACCUUGCGGAAAUUUGAAAUUCAACAACGACGAUGUAUUCGACAGGAGUUUUUCCGAUUAUUACAAUCUAGGCGAAUUGACCGAUGGAUCAUACGAGGUAACGACCAGGCAACCGGGCGAAUGCCCUCCCAAGUCAGACCCGUUCGAGCCCGAUCCCUUGCUGCCCCACGAAGAGAAAUGCAACGCGUUCUACAAGUGCUUCGAGGGCAAGAAAGCGCUGAUGAAGUGCCCCGGGAUAUUUCAAUUCAACGCCAAAAUAUCGGCCUGCGACUGGCCCAUGAACGUAAAAUGCGUCGACGCGUUAGUUUCACUCACCUGAAGUACAUUUUCAACAGAGAC